AUGAGCUUAUUUUUAAUUGGUGAUUCAAUUACAUUAACAUUAUUAGUUUUACUAAUACUUAUUUUUGUUUAUUAUGUUUAUAAUCUACGAACAAAUAAUAUAUUUCGUCGAACUGGAAUGCCUGGUCCAGCUCCUAUUCCACUUCUGGGUGAAAUGUUUAACGUUAUGCGAAGGGGAAUGUAUAAAAAUGAUACGGCACUUGUUAAAAAAUAUGGCAAAAUUAUUGGUGUUUACGAAGGAACAACUCCGGUUAUUCUUCUCAGUGAUCCAGAUAUUCUUCGAAAUGUUCUUAUCAAAGAUUCUCAUGUGUUUAUCAAUCGACGAACUAUUGAAGGUGCAGCAGGUCCACUUGAACAUGGACUUACCGCGUUAAAAGAUGAACAAUGGAAAAAUGCUCGUUCAAUUGUUUCACCAACAUUCUCUACUGCUAAACUCAAAGCCAUGCAUAGUCUUAUGAAUGAUGUUAGCGAUAUGUACAAUGAACGUCUUCUCGAAUAUGCUGAUAAACAAGAAAUAUUUGAUAUUAAGACUAUAAAUGGUCAAUAUACUCUUGAUAAUAUUGCAAGUUGUUUAUUUGGUGUUGAAACAAAUUCAUUAAAAAAUGAAAAUAUAACUUUAAUCAAUCAUUUGAGAAAAUUCUUUACUAUUAGUUUGGCAAAUAUAUUUGUUCUUGUUAUUCUUUUAUCACCACGAUUAGCUGGUUAUUUAGGAAAAAAGGGUUAUUCAAUUUUACCAAUGGACGCUAUAGAAUAUACAACUAAUAUUGUAAAUCAAGUACUAGCUCGACGACGACAACGUUUAGAAAGACGAAAUGAUUUUAUUCAAAUGAUGAUUGAUCAUGAAGAUGAAAUACAAACAAGUGAACAAAAAGAUCAAGAAGGACAACAAUCGAAAUCACUUAAGAAAACAUUGUCGGAUAAGGAAAUUCUUAGUCAAGCUCUAGUUUUUCUCAUCGCUGGAUAUGAAACAACAAGUGUAUUAAUGUCAUUCUUUUUCUAUGUCAUGGCAACAGAACCAAUUAUUCAAGAAAAAAUUUAUCAAGAAAUUCGACAAGAAAUAGGAGAUGAUGAAGUUACUUAUGAAAAAUUAAAUCAACUUCAGUAUUUGGAUAUGGUAAUUAAUGAAACACUUCGAAUGUAUCCACCAUUCAUCAGAUUUGAUCGUGUUGCAUCGAAAGAUUAUCAACUUGGUAAUUAUCUUAUACCAAAAGGUUCGAUUAUUAACGUACCGGUAUAUCCUAUUCAUCAUGAUUCUGAGGUAUGGCCUGAACCAGAAAAAUUCAUACCUGAAAGUAAUUGUAUUGGUAUGCGAUUUGCAUUAGUAGAAGCUAAACUUGGAAUUAUUCGAGCACUUCGUCUUGUGGAAUUUGAAAGAUGUGAAAAAACAGAAAUUCCAAUUCAGUUGGGAAAUCUAGCAAUUUUAAAUAGCAAAAAUGGUAUAUCUCCACGAUUCGCUCGUUAUUUGUACACCAAAGGUUAUUCAAUAUUACCAAAAAAUAUUGUGGACUAUUUAACAGAAUUAUUGAAUCAAAUCUUAAAUCUGUGUCGACAACAUCUUGAACGACGAAAUGAUUUUAUUCAAAUGAUGGUUGAUCAUGAUGAUCAAGUAAAACAUGAUGAACAAGAACAACAACAAAUAGGAACACUUACAAAAAGUAAUAUGUUGAAAUCGACUAUGCAUCAUGCAACAAGUGUUAUAUGUAUUUUCAAUUUAUCUUGA